AUGGCAAAUAACAAAGAAGAAAGAUCAUUCAGAUUAGUCGGUAUGACCUCGAAGGAAUUUGAUGAACUGCUGGACGAUGCUUACGUCGACUCUUUACCAUCUGAUAAUGAGUCAGUUAUAUUUGAUGCUAUAGAUUCAGACGAAAAUAAUAAUCAUGACGAAAUUGCCGGUGAAAUGUUGCUGAUGGACAGUGAAGAUGAAUUACAACAGGAGGACUCUGAAGACGAUAUGCCCUUAUCCAUGCUGCGCACCAAUCUGAAGAAACGAAUAGAGGAAAAAAAUAUGACACAUGUGUGGGGUGAAUUGAAUAGGCCAACAUCGCCACCGUUAUUCGUAGCUCAGUAUGGUGUUCCAGGUGUUUUGAAGAAUUCCGCUGACAUGACACCAUAUCAACUAUUUCAGUUAUUUUUCGCAGAUGACUUCAUCGAUCAUUCAGUAUUUCAUACUAAUCUAUAUGCAGAACAACAACAUUUGGCAACAGGAAAAAGCGCAGAACAACAACAUUUGGCAACAGAGAAAAGCUAUACUAAUAUAAAUAUUGAAGAAAUGAAGGCGUUCUUGGGGGGAAUAAAACGGCAGCCAAGCUAUGAGGACAACUGGGCAAGUGCUCCAGAACUUCAUGAUACUUACAUGAGUUCAAUUAUGACCUUGAAAAAAUUCAGUUGGCUCUUGUCACAUCUACAUAUGAACGAUAAUUCUAUGAUUCCCUCACGUGAUUCAACAUUGCAUGAUGAACUUUAUAAAGUACAUCCAAUGUUGGAUCACUUCACACAAAAAUUUGAAAAGUGUCUGCUGCCCAAUGAAGAAUUAGCCCUAGAUGAAUCUAUGAUCAAAUUCAAGGGUAGGAGUACGAUGAAGCAGUACAUGUCCAAAAAACCCAUCAAGAGACGGUACAAAGUAUGGAUGCUCUGUGAUAAAUCAGG